GGCAUCUUAGUUUAGAAAGAGUCGUCUCGGAGAGUGGGUAAGAAUGCUCCGGAGCGGCGCAUCAGACAGGUAAAAUAGUACCCGUCCAUCCUCCCAAUGACCGCGAUCUAAUCAGUCAUCUCCCCCCUUUCCCCCUUUUCAUUUUCAUUGUAUCGUAUAAUUCUUUAGUUUUUUCUCAACUCCAGAGUCGCUGCUAUGUCAUUAUCUUUGGAUAAUUUUCCAAAUCUGUCGCCCAAGGAGCAACAGGAGAUUCUCCAAGGCGCCGCACUGAAGCCUCCUAAUGGCGUGAUCUCCAAUUUCAAGAACCCACCCAACGGCAACGCCUGGGGACUUUUCAUCAUCGUCUUUUGCCUCUUCAUGACGACAGUGGCGGGCCUGAUGAGAUUAUACUCACGUUUCAUCCUCAAGAAGGCACACGUUGAGGAUUACCUAGGACUUCUAGCAUAUGCAGCUUUUGUAGGUUGUGCUGGUAAUCUCUUCGCUAUCUACCACAUCUCGGGAUUUUUCGUGCACCAGUGGAAUGUCCGCCUCGUAGACUACCUCGAUAUCGCUGAGAUACUCAUCAUUUUCACCAUAUGCUACUGCCUUACCAUGACUUUCGCCAAACCUGCCAUCUUACUCGAAUGGAUCCGCAUCUUUGUACCUCACCGCGAGCGCAAUAGCUUUUACUGGGUGGCUUGGGUGCUUAUCGUCACCAAUGUGAUGCUCUACUUCUCAGCAACCAUCGCCACCAUUUUCAACUGCACGCCGCCUAAGAAGUCAUGGGAGCCAUGGGUUGAAGGAAUCUGCUCGAAUCGAAGGGCGUUGGAUGUGGGCGUGGCCUUCUUUAAUCUCGCCAUUGACACGUUUAUUCUGGCUCUACCACAGAAGAUAAUAUGGAGGCUUCAGAUGACGAUGAGUCGGCGGAUCGGUGUCGCUACCGUUUUCUCUGUAGGAGUGCUCGCAUGUGGCUGCGCCAUUGGGCGCUUGUACUACAAUUGGAUUGCCGAAUAUAGCGGUCAGGGCGAUACUACCUAUAGUAUCUGCGCUCUUUUCUUCUGGGCCUUUGGAGAGCUGUCAUGCGUCCUUCUCGUCUUCUUUGUGCCGUGCAUCCCGAAGGCCAUCGGCGAGAACCGUAUCCACAAGCUAGCGUCGUUACUGAAUAGCCAGAAAUCAAACAAAGAAUCGUCCAAGUCCAGGAGAGCUAAUUUCUGGCCGCCGACAAUUGGGAACGUAUCAGUGAGGCCGAGAGAGUACCGCGCGAUGGGCGAUGGCGGAACGAGUGUAGUGAGUCUGUCUGAGCUAGAGCCUAGGGAAAGGACGGAGCAUAGACGCGGUGCGAACAUUGAUGUCGAGGUGGCUUUUUCGAAAACAUCGGAGGAGGCCCAUCAGCCGUCGACGUACCAGGAGACCGAAAUCGUAGAGCGGCAGCACCCAUGGAUGCGAUCUUAAGCGGGUUGAUACCUGAAAUAGAACGGAAAUUGUUACUAGCACGAUAUGUAUCCACCUAAUAGGAACAUGGAAUUCAUAACCGCCAUCAAA